AUGGCGCGCACUGUGCUAGCAGGAGGAGCGUUGCUCUGCGUCCUAACGAUAGCGCUGGAGACGAGUGCGCUCAUCCUCUUGCCGCAUGAUGUCCGCCCAGGUCAUGCUGUUCGCCAUUUUGUCGGAAAUCAUUCACGAUACACUCUUCUGGACCCCGAAUAUGCACCCUACUUUGCACUUUUAGAUGAUGGACUAUUGAUGACCACAGCCGAUCUUGGACCCUUGUUAAAUCAACCACUAAAUCUCGCAGUUUUAGAGCAAACUCCGUUUAGUAGUUCGGCUCAUACACUUCAUGUUUUAGUCAUGGAUCGUAGAAAAAUGAUUCAUUUUACGGAAACAAACGGCCUGCACGGGGAAAUUAACGAAAAUGCUCCACCAGGCACUGUGGUAGAUUUCCCACCCAUAAAAGCUACUGCACUAGCUAAUGUUGGCCCUAUAGCCUACAAAAUUAUAAAAGGCAACGACCAAUCAAUAUUCUCACUCCGCGACAGCUCUAAAUCUCCUGAUUCUGACGUUAGGUCAGUUGUAACUGAUGGCGAUGUCGAAAUAAUUGCUAUGCAGAGUUUAGAUGCUGAAAUAAAGAAAUAUUAUGACUUAGUUAUUCAGGCUACUGACAUACACGGGGCGAAUAAGGCGAGCCUUCCAAUUAGGAUUAAUGUUGCCAAUGAGAACGACCACGAACCUUUAUUUGAACAGGAAAUAUACUAUUUUGCCGUGAAUGGUACGUGUGAAAAUAAUUGCAGGAAUGGAACAGCACAUUGGCAAAGGUUCUCGAACAUUGGUCAAGUACGUGCUUUUGACGCAGAUGGUGAUCGUAUAUAUUAUUCAAUUAAGACUCCUACAAAUCUUGCGGUUAUAGUACCGCAGACAGGAGAACUCAUUCUAGCUGGUGAACCAGAUGGACAUGAAGUAGAAUUACAAGUUUUAGCACACGACACGGGAACUCCCCCGCGGAAAAGUCAACCCGCUCAAGUUUUUAUUGAAUUUAUUAUCCGCGAACGAAAAGAAAUGCCAACGCUUCACCGACAAAAGCGAAGAGUAACUCGUGCGGUUCGUCCAACUAAGCGUAUUGAAUUCACUGAAGCCGAUGGUGAAGUUGAAGGACGUGCCGUGUUUACUCUCGAAAAAGAAACUGAUCGGGAAACUUUUAAAAUUAGAGACGAAAAUCCGUGGGUUACAGUUGAACCAAGUGGUGUGGUGAAAGUUAAAAAGAAGUGGGACUAUGAAGAGUUAGGACCUGAGAAAACUAUCGACUUUUGGGUCACUAUCACCAACGCUGGAAAUGGAGGUAAGUCUAAA